AUUCUAAUUUGCAUUCAAACAGUUCUUUUAAGCAAAAUGAGAAGAAACAUAGAUUUUUCUGAAAGGAUUCCAGAUGAAACCCCAAGCCACGUGGCAACUGUAUCGAAUACUCCGACAGGCGAAACAAGAAUUGAGAGCGAGUUCAGUGAAAUGGUCUAUAUUCAUCCCAGACCUUUUCAUGUACCAAGACUUGGAAUGAAUGUGUUGAGUGUGAAAAACAAUCGGAGUAAUGAUUGGCUGGCUUUGAGAGCACUACUUUCAACAACUGGAUUCUACAAACUUUAUCCGUCAAAGUUUUUAAUUCCGCCAGGAAAAGAAAUUUCGAUAGAAGUGGAGCAAUGUACAAGAGCUGAUUCUCCAACUGAGCACCAUAACAUUCUAAUCGAAUGGUUUUCUCUUGGUCCUAAUCCUCCAUCAACGGAUCUCCAGAGGCUUUGGAGCAAGCCGUACGCGGUUCCUCAGGCUCAAUGGCAGUAUUUUGUUCUUCCUGUUUAUAUUGAUGACCUGACAAGUUCCCCUAGUUCCACUUAUGUUUCUCCCGUU